AACAGGACAGACAUAAUGAUUGUUCUCUUCUUCUCUGUUCCAGGUGGUGUGUCUGCCCAGCAGCGUUGUACCAUUCCAGACCCUAAUGUUCGUCUGUACAAUGAUGGUGGACCGGGAGGUCUCGGACUCCUGGAGGUGAAGGACCUCGCCACAAAUUCAUGGGGGUCUGUCUGUGCUGAUAACUUUGACGUUGCGACAGCGAAGGUCGUGUGCAGGAUGGUGUGUUUCGAUGACACAUACGCCACCCCGAUGAUGAUACAAAACAUCACCCUGCUGGCACGCUUCAAGGUGAUGUUCAACCCCUACUGCCACGGUGGAGAGACUAACCUUCUGACUGGGUGCCAACACUCUCCCUGGGGAGACGUCGCUGGCUGCACUGACGCUGUGUACAUGACCUGUCUGGAGGACAACCCCUGUCAUCCUGAACAUUGUGUGGCUGAACCUGAUGCUCCGAGCAUCUCGUGCAACGACACGUAUAUGAGAGUGGAGUUUAGCAAGGUGCAUGACAAGGACCUCACUCCGGCCGACAUCUCUCUCAUGACUCACGGAUGCCCUAUCGACACUUACAGCCACGACUUUGGGUCUGGAGAUCAAGUUGUGUCGGCUCUCAUCGCUUUAGAUACAUGUGGUGUCAAGACUAAGGGAAAUUCGACUCAUCUGUUCUACGAGACUAAGCUGGUUCACAAUGCAGUCACUGACAGCAGUGGCAUAACACGUGGAGGCGCAUAUGUCGUGGACGCCACGUGUGCCUUCAAAAGAGAACAUGAGGUUAACAUAGGCGUUGAAAUUGUCACGCAGUCCAUUAGUGUUAUUGGCAGUGGAGUGUUUCAUUUCAAGAUGUUUUUGUGGAAGUCAGACCAUUUCUUCGAGCGGUAUACCGGUACAGUUAGUCUCCACAUCAACGACUGUUUGAACGUGACCGUGGACCUAAUCACCAACAACAACGAUCUGAAAGUGGUGGUACCGGAUUGUUGGGUGACUCCAGAACCGGACAACCCCCCUACCCACUCAGUCUAUCUGAUGAGAAACAAGACAGCUGAGGAGAAGACUCUUGUCGGGUACCCUUUAUCCCACUACAGGUUCGGGUUCAAAUUCAGAGUUUUCCAGUUCGGAUACAUCAACAAGAUAAGAGUCCACUGCAAGGCCAUUGCUUGUGAAUGGAACGAAAGCAGUACGACUUGCCAGAGCCGAUAUCACUAUCGCAGAAAGAGGGACACCGAUGACAACACUGUCAGCAGCACUGUUAUCAUAAACCCAGUAGACAGCGUUGACAACUAUCCCGUACUACGUGGGGUACCAGCUUUCCGGAAGAAGCACAAGCAUCCAGGUCAAGAGAAGACGAAGCUGAGCAGAGGCCAGAUGGGGGCAGCAACGGCAAUACCACCUUCUUAUCUGACACCAACACCAUCACUUGCAGAGGCACCAGAUACACCCGAAGGGCCCAAAGGUUCCCCAAACAAACCAGUUGUGCAUGCAAUACUUUGGAAAACAUCUGAUCUGACCUCAGACCUCGGACCCCGCCCUGACCUUCACCGGAAUCAGACGGUACACAUGACCUUGGAAACAGAACCUAUCACGUCGGAGUUCGAACAGAGUAUUCAUAUCACCACAUGCGGGAUGCAUCCUUGGAACAAGGGAAAACCUUUUGUAGAGCUUCUAAGAAAUGGCCUUCCCAGCGAGAACACGAUGACCGUGACGAGAAACAGGGAUCGCAUAGCGCUGGAAUUCAAGACCCCACUGGAACAUCAGUUUACAUUCAUUGUCAUCUCCUGCAAGGUGCACGCAUGCUUUGAGGAUCGUCCUACGUUGUGUUCCGAGGACACGGAGGCUCAGACAAGCGCCAUCUUAAUCAUCGACUGUACGUACUCUUCACCAGCUGUAUAUCCCAUGCUUCAGAAUACCAAUCCUUUACCAAAGUCCGCUGCUGAGACCUCAGGGGACCAUCCGACUAGCCACCUGCGAAAAUCCGCUGCACCAACUGAGAUAUCAGAGGACCAUCCGACUAGCCACCUGCGAAAAUCCGCUGCACCAACUGAGAUCUCAGAGGACCAUCCGACUGGCCACCUGCAAAAAUCCGCUGCACCAACUGAGAUCUCAGGGGACCAUCCGACUAGUCACCUGCGAAAAUCCGCUGCACCAACUGAGAUCUCAGAGGACCAUCCGACUAGCCACCUGCGAAAAUCCGCUGCACCAAAUGAGAUCUCAGAGAAGCAUCCGACUAGCCACCUGCGAAAAUCCGCUGCACCAUUUGGAGACUUAGAGGAUCCUGAGCCUGUUGCAGAAGCAUUUCAGGCAGGCGACCCUCAGUUGGCGAAUGGUCAUGGUAACCGACACAGUGGCACACUGCUCGCGUACACGUCCAUCAUCCUAGUGUAUGGAGUCUUCGUGUAGAUGACAUGUGUACUGCUCAACGUUAUCUAUACUGAACAAAAUAAAUCAGGGAUCAUGAAUAUUUUGGGGGAUAUUUUGAUGAAAUUGUAUGCUCCGUCCACACAACAAAAAAAUCCCCCAAAAUAGUCUUGAUCUCUUAUCAUAUUCGUUCAGAAUAGAAAAUCAACUGCGUGAUGUGAUGUUUACAAAAUGAACUUAAAAGCAUAUUAUUUAACCUGCGAACCUAUUGUAUAUAAGGUAUUAAUUAACAAUAAUCGUCUUGUGGCUAGCAGUAAUAAAUAUAAGAAUCAACAUGAGAUGACAUAUUCCCCGGUCUGGAGCUAUUCGGAAAGUUUAGCUACCUGUACCCACUUUUGGUUCAUUGUCAUUGGAUACCUUCAGUUUAGUGAAGAUGCAAAUAAUGCUGUCCAAUGUGCAAAAAGAUCAAAAGGCAAUAGUUCACAACAACAUUGGCCUGUAUAGCAAGUUUCAUCAAGAAAUGCUAAAGGGGUUAGAAGUUCUGCUCCGGUAACGGAAAACGGACGGAGGAUAAACAGGUGGACGGACGGACGGACAUACUGACCGCUUUCGCUGAUAAAAAUUACAAAUUAGACAUGUCACUGAUUCCCUUUGACCUACUUAAAUGAGUGCAACGGUGGGUCUUGGUGUCUUUUAUGAUUAAUAAGGUAUUGCUGAGUUCAGCACUGUUUUAAGCAGUAUCAGAACUCUGUCGCAUGGCUCCUCUAGUUGUGAUAGAGGGGAUGCAAUUUUGGAUGACAUAAAUAGUGCACGUAUAUCAAAGUUAUUGUGUUCCUAGGGGCGGUCGGGUAGCCUAGUGGUUAAAGCGUUCGCUCGUCACGCCGAAGACCCGGGUUCGAUUCCCGACAUAGGUACAAUGUGUGAAGCCCAUUUCUGGUGUCCCCCGCCGUGAUAUUGCUGGAAUAUUGCUAAAAGCGGCGUAAAACCAUACUCACUCACUCACUAUUGUGUUCCUUUUCACAAUAAUUACCCCAUCGUAUCGUUGAUGCUGAACACCUAAUAUCAUCACAAUUUCAUGAUGAUUCAUGAACACAUGCUCAUGGUAUAGUCGGGAUCAUACAAUCGACUCUUCUUUAGGCAGAGAUUUCUUAUGAAUAUAGAAAGGGUUUUGUAGCUUUCAAUUAUUCAUUUGGAACAAUACAUCAUACCGUCCAUAUUUAUGUGGUUUUUAUCCACAUGAUAAUGUAUUUCAACUAAUGUUUGUUUUGUGGUGGAAUAUUUAUUACUGUUUGAAUUUAAUUACUUAUCAUAAUUGUUUAUAGGUAGACUAUUUAUAAGUGUAAUGACUUUAUUUAUCAACUUAUUGUGCUUGUGUAGAGCUGGAAAUAUUGACAAUUGUUUUGAACUACUGGUAAGCCAGGAUAAGUUGUGUUGUGGCCUGUCAGUUAACCCCGUAUGACUUUGUAUUGGGUCCUCUCAAUGGCGCGUACCAUUGUGAAGAAAGGGGAAGCUCGCGGUCCACGACAAGUAGUAGGAUGGAUAUGUGCGUGUCCUGCCUCGGCUGACAACGAGUUCCAGUGGAAAGUUCAGUAGAUCAUAAUAGUAAGUGCUGAUGUGAGGUACCCGAUGACUGUCAAGACGGUGACGGCAAAUUAGCAUAGAGAACAAUUAUUGAGAAGUAUCGUUACAAUGAAGGGAAUACUGUUUUAACUCCUGAAAGCAAUAAUCAAUAGUGUCAUGUCUGUCAUCAAAUGAUUGUGGAGGUUGAUACUUUCCUAGUGAUAUUUGACUCAAGUACCUACUCCUUAUUUAAUCCCAUGUGAUUGUUACUGUAAACGUAAUAUAGCUCGAACCUGAGAAUAUAGGAUUUGGCUAUGCAUAACUUUGACAUAUUUACUGGUAUUUGUAAUUAACUUCUAUCAAACGACGUUCAGAGAAUUCUGGAAUCGACUUGUCACACCGACCUCUUAAUGGGCUCAUGAGCAUCACAUGUGGUCACGGGAGCUUAGUCAGUUUCAUCGAUAUGUCUUGCACGUGCACAACGUGCGUACACACUCUCUACCUGCAACAAACCAAACAUGUUUGCCCAAAUUAUGUGAACCGCCUACUUGUGUCAAACGCGUUUUGUGAGUAGGUUCAACUUAUCCUGGAUAACCUGUAAUUUAUCGACUCCUUAUGGUGGUGGAUAACUUUUUAUUGUAUUGGGCAGAUUCAUCAAGGCCCAAUAACAUUAUUGCCGUUUUCUGUUUGUUGCACCAACUGAGUGUGUUUGAUGGACUGCAGGUGUUUAUCUAAUACGGGAUUUUGUAUAUGAUACAGCAUUUUUAUCACUUGAUUGUCUGGUUCAGACUCGAUUGUUAACAGAUCCUUGCAAUGAUUGCCACAAUGAAACCGUACACAGUAUUAUCAAAUUCGCCGACUUAUGUCGUAAUCUUUGUAAUAUGUUUUGUUUUUUAUUUCUCAUGUGAAUAAAUAUUAGGCUGUG